CGCCCUCCCCCCUCCCUCCUCCCGCUCGUCGCCUCCCAGUCAAAUCCCCACCUCCUCUUCUUCUAGAACCCCCACCGGAAUACUGCGCCCGCCGCCGCCUCCCUCCCGGCUGUGCACUGAAGGUUGCUUUCUAGACUGAUAAGCUUAUCCUGCAUCAUGGAGAAUGGAGAAAAGGAUGAGAAAAAUGUUUCUGUUACGGAAGAAUCUACUAAUCCUGAAGAAAAGGAUCAAGAUGAGGAUUUAUUGAGGGGAACAGAAAUGUUAAAUGUAAAAGAAGCAAUAAAUUCUUCAAAUGAGAAAUCAGGAAAUGAUUCGGAAGCACAGAUCCAUGUGACAGAUGAUCCAGAAAAGGAGUUAAAUGAGAAGAAGAAUAAAGAAGGAAGCUCAGUUUCCAUGAAACCUACAGAUUCAAACCAGAUAGAGGAAGAGAUUCUUGCUGAAGACAAAUCUCAAGAGCCGGUUUUUGAUGGAACUGAGGUUCCUGAAAUGGAAGAUUUGAGGCGUUCGUCCAAUCAAUCUGCGGAACUUGAUUCAGAGGCCUACGGGUCUAUACUCAAUGAAAGAGCUACUGCAAUCAAGAAUUUUGUUAAGGAAAAGAGUAACAUUGCAGUUUCAACAUUUAUAAGGCGCCUUUCUGGAAAAAAGGACGAGAAUGAAUCUUCUGUUGAAGAUUUCAAGAAUGAAGGUUCAGAAAGCAUCAACAGUAGCAGUAUUGUCUCAGAUGCUGAACCUAAAUCAAAAGAGGCACAACAUAAAUUUGAGGAGAGAACUACAUGGAAUCCACUCAACUUGAUUAAAAUCGGACGAGAUUUUGACACUUUCAUGACUGGGGAACAUGAGCAUGAGAAUGUGCCGGAUUUGAUAGAGCAACCAACAGGGAAGGGAAGAGUUAUUGUAUACACAAAACUGGGGUGUGAAGAUUGCAAAAUGAUUCGCUUAUUCAUGCGUCAGAAAAAGCUCAAGUAUGUUGAGAUCAACAUUGACAUAUUCCCCAGUAGAAAGAUGGAACUAGAAAAUAGUACCGGGUCAUCCACAGUACCAAAAGUGUAUUUCAAUGACUUGCUGAUUGGAGGGUUAACUGAAUUGAAGAAAAUGGAGGAGUCUGGCAUUCUUGAUGACAGAACUGAUGCUCUUUUCAAAGACGAACCCUCAUCUGCUGCUCCAUUGCCUCCCUUGCCUGGAGAAGAUGAUGAAUCCAGUAGUGGGAAGAUAGAUGAGUUGGCAACCAUUGUCAGAAAGAUGAGAGAGUCAAUCACUCUGAAGGACAGAUUUUACAAAAUGAGAAGAUUUAGCAGUUGCUUUCUUGGUAGUGAAUCUGUAGAUUUCAUAUCAGAAGAUCAAUAUUUGGAGAGAGAUGAGGCAGUGGAAUUUGGAAGAAAGCUUGCAAACAAACAUUUCUUUCGCCAUGUUCUAGAUGAGAAUGUCUUUGAAGAUGGAAAUCACUUAUAUCGCUUCCUGGAUAAUGAUCCCAUAAUUAUGAAUCAGUGCUACAACAUCCCUAAGGGUAUCAUUGAUGUUGAACCAAAACCCAUUGUUGAAGUUGCGUCAAGAUUGAGAAAGUUGUCUCAAGCCAUAUUUGAAGCUUAUGUAUCUGAAGAUGGUAAACAUGUUGAUUACAGAAGCAUCCAGGGCUGUGAAGAAUUUAAAAGGUAUGUUAGAACAACUGAGGAGCUCCAGAGGGUGGAAAUCCAUGAGUUGUCACGGGAAGAAAAGCUUGCUUUCUUCAUAAAUCUCUACAAUAUGAUGGCUAUCCAUGCAUUGGUGACAUGCGGUCACCCUGCUGGACCAUUGGACAGGAGAAAGUUCUUUGGAGAUUUUAAGUAUGUCAUUGGUGGAUGUGCUUAUUCACUGUCAGCUAUUGAAAAUGGCAUACUGCGUGGUAACCAAAGGCCACCAUACAACCUUGCCAAGCCUUUUGGACAGAAAGACCAACGAUCCAAGGUGGCCCUUCCAUACCCUGAACCUCUUGUUCACUUUGCUUUGGUAUGUGGCGCCAAAUCUGGACCUGCCCUCAGGUGUUACUCGCCAGGAAACAUCGAUAAAGAACUAGUGGAAGCUGCACGUGAUUUCCUAAGACAUGGAGGAAUUGUUGUUGAUCCUGAAGCAAAGGUUGCAUCUGUAAGCAAGAUUUUGCGAUGGUAUAGCACAGACUUUGGUAAGAAUGAGACAGAAGUGCUGAAGCAUGCGGCAAAUUAUCUGGAACCAGCAGAGUCAGAGCAAUUCCUAGAGAUUCUUGCUAACACUCAACUGAAAGUCUUGUAUCAACCCUAUGACUGGAGCUUAAACAUUUAGCUGCAGGACUGCAGUCAUGGUAUUCACACAGAUGUUUAGGUAUGCUUGAAUGCCUGUCCCAGAUACUCGUAGAAGGUCGCGACUUUGCUACCCCCAGAAUUCUCUCAUAUUUUUUUUUUGUGGUGGCACAAAGAACGAAUGCCAAUUCAAGUCUUCCGUUCACGGGAC